AACAAUUGGCCAAAUAUUCCCAAUUUCCUUGAUAGCUGGUUGUGGCAAACACGUUUCUUUUAUUCAAAGCUACUGUUAACUUCCAGAUCACUCGUUACCCAUCACAUGGUAAAUAUAUCUAUGUACUCCUCUAUUUUGAAUUGUUUUGUGACGCCCUCCCGUCCUUCAGUUGAAGGGCCACAGAGUAUGUGGGUAAAUGCCUACGCUUUUCUUCUCCUUCGUGGAGCGGUUAGUGCUCGUUCAGGGGCAGCAGCUCUGGCCUCUUCUUGACUGUGCUCAUUUGUGGUGACCUGUUUGCCUCAAUUCUUGCUCAUGCACUCAAUAUGUUACAUUUUAAAUAACGUUGGUGACAGGGUCUGAAUGUAACCAGGCUGGCCGUGAACUCACCGGAUAGCUGCGGAUGACCUUGAACCUCAGAUCCCGCUGUUUCUGCUCCCCAACUGCUGGGAUUACAGACACGUGCCACCAUACCCAGUUUCUGUGGUGCUGGGGACUGGACCCUUGUGUGUGUCUGUGGAUGUGAGCGCAGCACAGAAAUACAAGGUCCACGACACGAUUACCUGGUUUCUGUAUGCUGCCCUCUGUACAGCUGGUCUCUACGAGCAUCCGGCUUGCCCCGUCCUGGAUCUGCAGUUCUUCUCGCUCCUUCAUGGAUCUGAAGGCUCUCCUUUCCUCCUUGAACGACUUUGCAUCCCUCUCCUUUGCUGAGAGUUGGGACAAUGUGGGGUUACUGGUAGAACCGAGCCCUCCCCAUACUGUGAAGACACUCUUCCUGACCAACGACUUGACGGAGGAGGUCAUGGAGGAGGCUCUGCAAAAGAAGGCCGACCUCAUUCUCUCCUACCAUCCACCGAUCUUCCGGGCCAUGAAGCGUGUAACUUGGAAAACCUGGAAGGAGCGCCUGGUGAUCCGAGCGCUGGAGAACAGGGUCGCCAUCUACUCCCCACACACAGCCUAUGAUGCCGCACCCCAGGGAGUCAACAGCUGGUUAGCCAAAGGGCUUGGAACUUGCACUGCCAGGCCCAUCCACCCCUCCAAAGCUCCUAACUAUCCCACAGAGGGGGCCCACCGAGUAGAAGUCAGUGUGAACCACACCCAAGACCUGGACAAAGUCGUGUCCGCAGUGAAAGGAAUUGGAGAGGUUUCUGUCACUUCUUUUUCCGCUAGAUGUGAUGACGAGGAACACACACGAAUCAGCCUGAAUUGUACUCAGAAGGCUUUGAUGCAGGUGCUAGCUUUUCUCUCCCAGAACAGACAACUUUAUCAGAAAACAGAAAUUCUGUCACUGGAGAAGCCUUUGCUUCUGAAUACCGGAAUGGGACGGUUGUGCACACUGGAUGAACCUGUCUCCCUGGCAACAAUGAUAGAGCGAAUCAAAGGACACCUGAAGCUAGCUCAUCUUCGCUUAGCUCUUGGAGUAGGGAAGACCUUAGAGUCUCCAGUCAGAGUUGUGGCCCUGUGUGCUGGAUCUGGGAGCAGUGUUCUACAAGGAGUGGAGGCUGACCUUUACCUCACAGGUGAAAUGUCCCACCAUGAUGUUCUGGAUGCUGCGUCCAAAGGGAUAAAUGUCAUUCUUUGUGAACACAGCAACACCGAACGAGGCUUCCUCUCCGAUCUCCAGGAAAUGCUGGGUGUCCACUUGGAGAAUAAGAUUAAUAUUAUCCUGUCUGAGACAGACAGGGACCCUCUUCGUGUGGUUUAAAACACACAAGAUGUCAUGGUGACACAAGCCGCACAUCAUCUGGAUGGAAAUGGGACUGUGCAGGAAGAACUGGUGGUGCUGACAUCCUGCAGAACGGCUCGAUCGACAUCGUUUUCAGUUCUUCUGUCUGGCUCGCUAACGUUACGGCUCACAAGGUAAAGACCAUACGUAAAGCGUACAAUAAAGACAGAUAUUCACUAUAAACCCUUGGAAAAGGUGACUAAAACCUGUACGUAACAAGGCAUUUUUUGUUUGGUUGCUUGUUUGUGACAGAAUCUCCUGUAACCCAGGAUAGCCUCCAACUCACUGUUUAGCCGAGGCUGGCCUUUAGGUCCCCUUGAGCUGAGGUGCAUGCUCACCAAAUGCAGGGAUUAAAGGCAUGCACGUACCAUUCUUGAGAAGCGGUUCUGUGUGGAUGAGGUGUUUCCGUCUCAAUGAUCUUUGUCAUUUAUAGACAGAUUUGGAGCCGAGUGUGGUAGUGCAGCUUCAACCCCAGUGUCUGGCAGGCAAAGGGAGGAAGCCUAGGAGUUCCUGGCCUGCCUGGAACCGUCUAAAAAAGAAAAGCAGCCAGAGAGAUGGCUCAGCAGUUACACACACGCGCUGCUUUUGCAGCGGGAUGGAAUUCACUUCCUAGCUCUAACAUGGUAGCUCACAACCCCUGUAACUCCAGCUGUAGGGCAUCUAACACACUCUGAUCUCCA